UUUGUCUUCACAGGAGGUCUCAGCAUGAGACGGCAGCACUGUUGUGGGAUGACCGCCAAAACGGGCUCCGUGUUAUCAGGGGUCUUUACCAUCAUGGCCAUCGACUUGUACCUCAUCUUCGAACAGAAGUACUUAAGGAGAAGCAAUUGCACUGAGCUUACCCCACAGACCAAGAGUACAAGUAUCCUGAUAAAGCAGUUCAUGAUCUGCUGGAGUUUGACUAUCGUCUUCUUCCUAUCAUUCAUCACCAUCAUCAUCUGCUUCUUGCUCCUAUUCUCAGUAUACGCCCAUAUGUACAAGGGCCUGGUGAUCUACAUCAUCUGGAUCUUUUUCUAUGAAACUGUAAACAUUGUAGUACAAACACUUACCAAUGAUGAUUCUAACAUUGGAGAGGUCAGAAUCAUGCGCUGGUUUGGUUUGGUGUCCCGUAUAUUGGGGCACUGUUUUUGGAUGUACUUUGUCAUCACCUAUGCCUACAUGAUCUACAAAAAUCAAAGCCAGGGCAAUAUCAUGUCCUACAACAGACGUAUUUCUACAGGCCGUGGAGAAUUCCCACGGCGGAAAUCAAAGAUAAUACACUUUACCCACCGGCCACUAUAG